AUGGAGAAGAGGGAUAUGGUUUUGAGAAAUCCUAUUCCGUUCUUUAAUAAGAAACUUAUUAUUAUGAAGGCUUGGAGUGCUAAAAUGGAUAUAUGUAGAGAUAAUGUGCUUAAGACCAUUCUAUCCUGGAUUCAGUUAAAGCUUGCCUUCAAGUAUUGGGGGGAAUCUUGUUUAGGAAAAAUCGUUGGCAGUAUUGGCAAGCUGAUGAAGAUUAAUCUCGCUACGAGAAAUCGUGAUAAGUUGCAAUAUGCUAGAGUAAUGGUGGAAAUAAAGAUGGAUCAGGAAUUUCCUGGUAUCAUUUCUUUUGUGUAUGAACAGGAUAAUAUAACUUGUGUGGAUUUUCAUUAUGAAUGGAAACCUAUUGUGUGUCGAAUUCGUAAAGGCAUGGGACAUGAGACAAAGGACUGUGUUAAGACUGUAGUUAGGAAGGAAUGGAGGCCAAAGAAAGCUGUGGAAGUGAUUUAUAAUGCUGGAAAUGUGCAAAAAAGGGUGGAAACUCGGGAAGGUAAUGAGUUUAGAGAAGUCAAGAAUCUAGUUAGAAGGAUUUUGACAAGUCCAAAACCUGUUGAAACACAUAAUAUCUUUGAGGUGCUGAAUGUUGUUGUGGUUGUUGUGGGAUAG